AUGGCGCCGAGCGGCUGCUUCCUGAGAGCUGAACGCAGGAAGAUGCCCGCUGGCUUCAUGUCGCUGAACCGGAACAAGGCGCUGAGCGCAGUCCGGUGUCGCUGCUGCCGCUCGGCCUUCACUGAGGAGUAAAGGCCGCUGCGUCAGUUGUGGGAACCACCAGCUAAGCAUAAGCGGCUAACGGCUAACGUUAGCUGCAGGCGGCUCUGCGGACUGAGCACCGAACAGCCGGCCCGGGUGGAUCCGGUAAAGAGUCCUGCUGCCCUGAAGAGGACCAGGAUCUGUGUGAUCUGUCCCCCCCUGGACUCAGGAGACUCAUGGACAAAGAACGACCCGUGGCCCCCUGAAGGUGAAGCUGUGAUGUCAGCAGCGAGGUCAGAGCUCCGACAUGCGGAGGACGCCGUCUGCCUCUCGGACCCUCCUCAGGACGCAGCCGAAGACGUUCGGAUCAAAGUGGAGCCGGACAGCGACGUGGAGAUCCAGUCGUAUCCCGUCCUCAAGAAGCUGUCCGUCAAACUGACCGACUGCAGGGUGUGGCUGGAGGGGCGGGACUUCCUGUCUCUCGCAGACGAUCACCCUCAGCUCUGCAACCGGAGACCGAGGCAGUGCCACCCGACGAACACUGGCAGGAAGAUGGUCUACUGCUCCGAGUGUAAGAAAGGCUUCUACAAGAAGUCUCACCUGGAGGCUCACCGGAGAACCCACCGAGGACAGAAACCCAACCAGUGCUGGCAGUGCGGGAAGACCUACCCGACCCUGAUGAGCCUCGUCGUCCACCAGCAGAUCCACGACCGCAAGGAGCCCUACCAGUGCUCGUACUGCGACAAGACCUUCGCCCUGAAGAGGGACUGGAAGACCCACCACCGGACGCACUCGGGGACCAAACCCUUCAAGUGCUGGUUCUGCGGGGACGGCUUCGGCGAGCAGGACGAGCUCACCGAGCAUCUGGAGGUGCACAAGGGGGAGAAGUGCUACCGCUGCAAAGUCUGCGACAAGAUGUUCGUCUCCUACCAGGGCUUCAACUUCCACCGCAAGUCGCACAAGAACCAGAAGCUGCUGCCCUGCCUGAAGUGCAAGAAGACCUUCAGCAACCCUCAGAGUCUGAAGCUCCACCAGGUAACUCACUCCAACAGGAAGCCACACAAAUGCCCCACCUGCGGCAAAGGCUUCAAGCUGCUGAGCGGCCUGCGGUGCCACCAGAGGACCCACGAGGACCUGAAGGACUACCACUGCACCGAGUGCGGCAAGUGUUUUUCCAGCCUGCAGGGUCUGAAGCUGCACAACCGCACGCACACCGGACUGAAGCCCUACAAAUGUACCGAGUGCGGGAAGAGGUUCACCCAGUCGCCCCACCUCAAGUCUCACAUGGUGACCCACACCGGGGAGCGACCGUUCCUGUGCACCACCUGCGGGAAGAGAUUCACCCAGUCGUCCCACCUGAGAUCCCACAUCACGCUGUUCCACGUGGGCGAGAAGCCGUUCACCUGCGACGACUGCGGGAAGAGCUUCACCAUCGCUCACUACCUGAAGAUGCACCGGCUGAGCCACACCAAGGAGAAGCUGUACCAGUGUUCGUACUGCGAGAAGUCCUUCUCCUACCACAACUCCUGGAGGGCCCACGAGAGGAUCCACACCGGCGAGCGGCCGUUCAGCUGCCAGGACUGCGGCCAGAGCUUCAUCACGUCGGGCUCGCUGCUGAGCCACCAGAGAUCCAAACACACCGGGGAGAAGAGCCACUACUGCAUCACCUGCGGAGAGUUCUUCUUCACCAGCUCGCUGCUGCGGGUCCACCAGCUCGACCACACCGGCGAGCGGCCGCAUGCCUGCAGCUGCGGCAAGACGUUUAAAACCAAAGGAGUGCUGCGCUACCACCUGAAGAGGUUCACCGACCACCAGCCGGCCAAGUGACCGGCUGCCCGGAAGCACAUCAACCAGAGGGUUCACAGACUGGGGGGGGGGGUGAAAGGGACAGGUGCAUGCAGGUGUUGUAAAGGCAACAGGAAGUCCGUUAUUGUAGUUUGUCAGCAGGUGGAGCUGCAGCAGCGACUCACAGCUGAUGGAGGACAUUAAGACGCUUUAAAACAGUUAAAACACUCAGACUGAUCGCUGCAGCCAGAGGACGUCGUCGUCUCUGACGUCCGUCCAGAAUAAACCUCAUGAAUCAGCUGAGACGCCAGAGCAGAGAGCGGCUGCAGAACCUGCCUGAGAAUCCUGCUGUUUCUAAGUUCCCUUCAGUCUCGCAGUGAUCCAGAGACAGCUGUCUGUCCGUCCACGGGUCCACUGCAGACAGGAGCUGCUGACUGCUGGUUCGGCUGCUCUGACGGGACAGUCUGACUGCAUGUGAACACAGACGGGCUAACAGACGGGCUAACAGACGGGCUAACAGCUGUAGCUCACGCAGUUGUCUCAGUUCUGACUGGCGGGGGCCGCAGCCCUUAAACACCUGACGUAUGUUGACUGUCGGGAACUCGGCGGUCAGAAGGUUUUGGUGUCAUUUAACGAAGAUGAGGGUUUUCUGUCAGCAGCUGCCGGUUUUCCUCGUUGUGUUUGUGGCUCUUUAAGCUGCUUUUCACAAACUGCCGAUCACUUUUUCAUCGUUUGCGUUACAAUUAGAACAAUCGGUUUUAUGUUUUGUCCUUUAACACGAACCUUUCUUUCCUUUUUUAUAGAAAAUGAAAUGAUGUAAGAUUUGAAACCUGCUCCCCGUCGCUCCCUCAGCUUCUGGCAGCUGUACAGAAACUUUUCUUAAAACACUGAUUUUAUGUAAAACACCUGAUUAAAGAGAACAAACACUGAGAUGUAACACUAAGAAGAGAUGAAUGUACUUUGCUGUUUGUCGUCAGAAACACAUUUGUGCGUCUGUCUGAACUCAAACCAAACGACUGAGCCGAACGCGUCUUAAAAACAGACCCGAGUCGGUCCGAGGUUAAAGGUCCGAGGUUUGGUUCUGUUCCAGUCAGACAAAAAGACAUCAGUUUGAGCUGAGGUUUUCUCUGUGUGGGCGCGCUUGUAUUGCUAUCUUUGUGAGGACCAGUUUCAGUUUCAAACCGUCGCGUGAGGAUGUUUCUGCGGCCGCUGCUCGCCGCUUCAGAGGUCGUGGUUGUGCCGGUGAGGGUCCUCACAAGUGUAGAAAGACGAGCACGUAUGAAGCACUUUGUUAACUUUAAGAGUCUGAACGAGUUUUUCUCUUUCAUCCAUUUUCGUAUUUUCACGAUGUUUCAGUCCAGCUGUUGACCUCUGACCUCGGAGUCUGCCCCGGUCUGUUUUCAGCUGCCAGAUCCAGGUCUUUGUGUGGACCCGAGUCUGAGGUGAGGGACUCGGACUCGAACAGCGGGGACUCGUGAUGUUUAGCGUUUUGCCUGUGAAGUCGUCCUCAAACCCAAAGAUUAAAAACAGACUUCAGACCGGCAGACGGACACGACGGGCCGGUCUCGGCCGUGGGCCGUGACUUGUACCGGCCAGGACUCAAGACUGACUUGUGGUACACGGACUCGGUCCUCGUCCGGUCCGUCCUGGUCUCACGUUGAGAUCUUUAUGAUCAGAAUAUGUUUUAUGUCUCCAGACGUCUGUUUGAGCUGAAUGAUGUGACUGCAGUGAAAUAAAACAUGGUGUUUCAUCCCG